GCGGGACGUUGACGGUAUAGGGGUGGAAACACGACAGCAACGUAGAAAGAUCGUAUUUCAGAGCUUCUUGAACAUUCUUCACGAACGGCCAUUUUACGAAACAGACAAAGAGAGAGUCGGAGCUCUCUUUAGUAGACUUUAUUUCAGUGAUUUUCAUUGUAUUGACGCUGUACAAGACGCUCAGCGAGAGAAGAUGAAGCAGCGAAAAGAGACUGUCUGCUUGGCUCUUAGAGAGCUGGGCUGGGAGGAGAAAGGGGCAGAGAGCCGAAAGCGCCACAGGCGAGAAUCGCACAGCAGCGAGCGGGAGAACAAAUGUCGAAAGUAUCACCACCAUCGCAAAAGCACUGAAGGACAUUGCCUCGAGACCCGGAGUCAGAACAAAAAAUUGGAAACCAAGGUCAGUUCUGUGGACAUGGGGCACGAUAAGGAGAGCCGAGUGAGCGUCCGUAAGGAGCGGGACAUGAAGCGGGUGCGCCACAGGGACCAUGAUAGAGACUGGCAUCACUACAGCAAAUCGUCCGGGUACAGUGGGCACAGCCGGCGAAGUAGCCGGCGUGGACGAAGGCGCAGUCGUAGCCGCAGCCGCUCUCGCAAUCACUCGAGGAGCCAUCGCAGGAAAAGAUCCAGGAGUGUUGAGGAUGAUGAGGAGGGGCACCUGAUCUAUCACAGUGGAGACAUACUGAGGGCGAGAUAUGAGAUUGUGUGUACGCUAGGAGAAGGUGCUUUUGGGAAAGUGGUCGAAUGCAUUGAUCGCUCAAAUCGAAAUGCUCGUGUUGCACUGAAGAUCAUUAAAAACAUUGAUCGCUAUCGAGAGGCAGCCAUGUCUGAGGUUGAGGUGUUGGAACAGAUGAACUCCCUUGACUGUGACAGAAGAUAUUCAUGUGUCCGUAUGCUGGACUGGUUUGAUCACCACGGCCAUGUGUGUAUAGCGUUUGAGCUGCUCGGAUUGAGUACAUUUGAUUUUCUUAAGGAGAACAACUUCCAGCCCUUCCCUGUGGAUCAAAUCAGGCACAUGGCGUACCAGAUCAUCAGAGCAGUAAAAUUCUUGCACAAAAACAAGUUGACUCACACGGACCUGAAGCCAGAGAACAUCCUUUUCAUUGAUUCAGAGUAUGACCUCGAGUACAACUCAAAAAUGAAACGGGAUGAAAGAACCGUGAGAAACGCAGAUGUGAAAGUGGUUGAUUUUGGCAAUGCCACUUACGAGCAUGAGCAUCACACCACUGUGGUGUCCACGCGACACUACCGUGCCCCUGAAGUCAUUCUUGAACUUGGUUGGAGUCAUUCCUGUGAUGUGUGGAGCAUUGGUUGCAUUCUUAUUGAAUAUUACCUUGGUUCAACACUAUUCCAGACGCAUGACAGUAAAGAACACUUGGCCAUGAUGGAGAGGGUUCUAGGCCCCAUUCCAGCCUGCAUGCUACAGAAAACAAGGAAACAGAGGUACGUUCAUCACGACAGACUAGAUUGGGAUGUUCACUCGUCAUCGGGGAGAUACGUCAGGAAACACUGCAAACCUCUCAGGCAAUACAUGAAGUCCAAAAGCCUGGACCAUGAGGAGCUGUUUGACCUUAUUGAGAAGAUGUUGGAAUAUGAUGUGACAAAGCGAAUCUCUCUGGACGAGGCCAUCCGACAUCCUUUCUUCAGUGCCAAAAGGAAGAGCCAAAAGUGACAUGAUAAACCUGCAUGAAGCUUAGAAUCCUUUGAAUUUCUGCUCUCCAGGAGAGUCCAGUUAACGGGGCUGUAUCAGACCCGCAUAGGCAGAGUACUGUUUCUCAUGACCCGAGUUGUAAUUUAUUUGUACACUUAACUUGUAAUGUGUUGUAUUUUACAUGCUAGUCAAACUGUGAUUUAAAAUUCUUAAUGGGGAGGGCUGUCAGGUCUCAUUCGUUGAUCAUGAUUUGAUUUAAAAUAAUGGUCUAGAUUCAUGCAUUAAUUGUGUUGUAGUGUUUGAAAGAUUUGUAAAAGUUAUUGUUAAUUUUGUUUCUCUCAUCUUUAAUAAACAUGUAAAGACUG